AUGAAUUCGCAGAACCCCUACGGAGGAUAUAGUGCACCACCCCCUCGUGGUGCUGGUCGAGGAGGCUCACAAUUACCAAAUAGGCCUCCGCCACCUUUGAGUUACGGCGCUGGUGGUGGUGCACCUAGUGUUGCUGUACCAGCAGGAGGAAGUGGUUAUAGUGGGCCACCACCUUUGCAUCUCGGCGGAGGAGGUCCUCCACCAUCUUUUGGACAAAAUUACGGUCCUGGAGCUCGGGACAAUUACAAUUCAGGACCACCUCCAGGUAUGGCUGGAGGUGGCAGACCUCCAAUUGCUGCUCCCCAAUAUGGUGGUGGCGGCGGUGGUAUGGGAUACGAUGCUGGGCCUCCUGAUAAUGGAUAUGGAGGACCUGCUAGCAGAUUUGCACCAAAUGCAGGACCUCCUCCUCGUCCAAUUGGUAUGGGAGGCCCUCCUGCUCCAUAUGGAUCACAAUAUGGAGGUGGUGGAAAUGGCUGGAAUGAUGAUGCAGGACAACAACCACGCAAACGGUCACGGACAGAUCACGACGGAGGCGGCGGUGGUGGUCGUGGAGGCGGCGGCGGCCCUAGAGGCGGAGGAGGAGAACUGGAGUAUCAAGACUUCUUGAAAGAACGUUUGAAGCGUGAGAGACCUGGCAGAACCUUAUUUGUGCGCAAUGUUGAUUUCCGUUGCGUCAUUCCUGAGCUACGUCAACAAUUUGAAUCUUUUGGAGAAGUGAAGAGUUGGUUCGAUUUAAUUGAAAAGCGUGGGAUUGCUUUCAUCUCGUAUUAUGACAUUCGAUCAGCAGAAGUGGCAAAAGAGGCAAUGCAAGCCCAUCGUAUCAAUGGUAGGGAAUUGGACGUUCAUUAUAGUUUACCUCGUGAAUCCGAAUUGAGUAAACGAUGUGAUCGCGAUAAAGAUCAAGGAACCUUGCUAGCUGUCCUCAGGGGAGGAGAUCCAAAUUUGUCAGAUGAUGAGGUGCGAAGCGUAUUCUCCCAAUUUGGUGAAUUACGUGAUCUACGACCAAAUGACCAAUACACCGGGCGUUUGGUAGAUUUCUGGGAUUGUCGUGCCACCAAAAGAGCUUACGAUUCUCUUGAAAAUUCUCCUUACCGAGGUGGAACAUGGCAGCUUUCGUUCGAAUGGGACCUUGGCAUGGAAAAUCGAAUGCCAGAUAUGCAAAAGCAUGAACGCGAUCGAGAAAGAUUGCGUUCGAUGAAUUAUCAGCCAGGUGAAGCAGGUCCCCGACCUGGUGCAGAAGGUCAAUUUGACAAUCAAGGCGGUGGUAGAUAUGCAAGAGGAUCUUCACAGGAAUCCGGACAAGGCUCUUACGGAAGGGGCGGAGGCGGUUACGGUCAAUACGGUCAACAAUCUUCUGCCCCAUCAGGUUACGGACCGCCCUCGACUGGUGCUAAUCAAUACGGUGGCGGUGGUACGAAGAGAGGAUAUGAUUAUGAUAAUUCACCUUCACAAGAGCCACCGAUGCGUAGAUGGGGUCAACCAGCCAAUGCCAACCACGGUCCUCCAGGAAACGGAGGGCAAAGCUACGGAACGCCUCCCGUUCAAUCUGGCUCGAGACCUAUUGCAGGUUUACCUCCAACAUCUUCCACCUUUUCUCCUCCCAAUCAAGCAAACGCAGGACCAGGUGCGGGUGGUUCUGAUCGUUUGGAACAAGCACAAAAAGUACAACAACUUUUGGCCUCUCUCAAAUCUGGUGGUGGCGGUGCCAAUGCUGCUGGUUCACCAUCAAAUCGACCUCCAUCAGCUUCAACACCAAAUGCAAACGCUGCUGUCAGUCCUCCCACUGCUGGUUCGAAUUCCGGUGCCUUGCCAAGCAACAUUGCUGCCUUGUUGCAGAUGGCACAAAGCAAAUCAGGCCAAAAAUAA